AACAUUGGCAAUAUAAGACCAACGUACCUCACAAGAUUAGUGAUUUAUUAAUAACCCCAACUUAUCCAAAGAUUAUAUGCAUAUAUACUCAUUGAUUUUGUUAGGACUUUCACUUACCUCUGUUACUUAAUGCACGGCAAGAGAACUGGGACCAAACUGUGUAUAGAGAUUGGUUAGCCAACAUGAGCUGGUCGGUCGGUCGGUCGGCGGCAAUAUAAUACCAACGUACCUCACAAGAUUAGUCAUUGAUUAAUAAACCCAACUUGUCCAAAGAUAAUGCAUAUAUACUCUUUUGACUUUCUUAGGACUUUUACUUAAAGAAAUAGUGAUAAAACCUUUUGUUGCUUCAUGCAUGAUGCACUAAUAUUCGCUUAACUAAUCUACUUAGUGGCAAUUCACAUUUCUCAAAGGACUUUGACAAUAUUGUAGUUAUCUUUUUAUUUUUGAACUUUUAGUUAUCUAUAUUAAUUACGUUGCAUUAUGUGGUUAUCAACAUUUUGGCAAAAGUGAAAAGGAAUGAAUGUAUUGGUUGGUUGUGCGAACUAAUAAUUAUUGAAGCUCCUGAGGGUUUGAUAAAAUUUCCGGUACAUGUCGAAUGCAGACGAGUAUAGUGAUCAGAGGACAAGAUGAUUCAACUUAAGACGACUGAUCCUUAUCUAUAAACUUAACCACACGUCUGUGGCACAAAUCGUUGCGUGAAUCUCUAAGAGACCCGAAUUCGAAUCUGCUGCUAGAUAAACAUGAUGUGUGGCACCGGAGCUUUUCACAUUCUCUUUUUAACCUUUUUUUUAUCUAUAUACUUUAUUGUAUAUAAGUUCUUAAUAUUUUGAUUGGCCUAGUUACGUUACUUUCCCUAGUUUUUUUCAGUAUCUCUUGUCGAUAGAAAUAUUCAAUUAUUGUAGCUGUUGAACCAGUCUCGUUAUCACCUUAUAACUGUGCUCAUUACAACUUAUGCGAUAAAACUACGAUGACUUCGAUGUGAAAGGCAUCUUUAAACUUUUCAGCGCAAUUUUGAAGCCACUCAAUAUAAUGAACAUGUUUCAUGCUUUUAUUUUUUGUUUUGAAUAUAUAUGCAUGCUGCAACUUUUACAUUCUUUGGCCAAAUAAGGGAAAAGGAGAGAGGCAUGAUUCAAGUGGGCAUGCAUACAACAUUUUCCCACAAUAAAGACUGUUACGUUACCCUCAAAAGUCGAAAGUUAAGUUAUGGAGGGGAAUGGAUAUGCUAACACUAUAUUCUACUUGGGCUUGGUAAGUUUAAUUGGCUUCUCCGACAUAUAUAAUUAUCUCAUAUCCAUUUAGACUUUUUAAUCCCACAUCUCAUCUUUAACUGCCCCCCCCCCCCCCACUUUUUCAAAAUUACAUAGUCAAUUAGUUAUGGUUCUCCUUAAUCAAUUGUUUGCAGAUUUCCAAAUGGAUAACAACUACGAUCAAUGAUUUAGUACGUUGCAUUUCAUGCCAACAAAAAUUGCAGGGCCUUGAUGUUAUUUCUUGUUUUCGACACCUUUUAAUCAGUUUUCAGUCCUAUGAAUCACAAUGGCAAUUACAUAUAUAAAUCCACACGCACGCUCAUCACACCCAAACACACAUUAAUUGUCAUGACUUGGUGAAAAACAUUUAGCUUUCAAAUAAGAAAGUGGAAAGUUCCAUAUCACUAUAUUGAUUGGAAAAAUUAUAUUAAUCAACCAGAGACUAAAUUAAUUAAGACUUGAUGAAACACACAAAAUAGUAUAAAUUGAUGGAAAAAAUAUUUAAUGAAAGAAACUUUUGUGACGUAAGUUAGUCUAACCUAAAAUUUGAUUUACAUAAAAUAUCAAACACGUUGAUUGACAAAAAUAAAAUAUAAAUAUUGUCAUUUGGAAUGCAUUAUUAUUUUUAUAAUAAGUAACAUUUCUAAUAAAAGCCUAUUUGUCAAAUUUACAUACUUUAGUAGGAUUUCUAUGAAACCAAAAUCAAUUAUGCAUAAUGGUGUUAGUAGCAAACCGAUCUAUGGAAUUCCGAAACAGUAAGCUAGUAUGUCCAAUAUGUGUUGUUUUGUGGUUCGAUUAAAUUCGUAGCUUGGAAGUCAAUAUAUCUUUUUUGGAAUCUAUUGUACGUUCGAUGAAUACGAUCGAUGCAUGUACCACAAACUUGAAGAACUUUUCUGUGUAUUCGCUGAGUUGGUGCAUGAUCGAAAGACAACUAUGCUUUUGUAAAAUGAUGAUAAAAUGUAAAGGAAACUAAGUGCGUUUAUGAAAUGCGCAACUAUUUUCUAUUCAUCAAUAUUUUAAAUGACAAUUGAUUUUUGUCUAUUGAAUUUACACGAUUACAUUUUUCAGUAAGUUUUGACAGGAACUUAUCAGUGUAAAUAGUAUAAACAUUAUCCUGACAUGCACGGAAGUGUUCAUCAGUCAUAUAACAUUUAAAAAAAUAUAUAAUUAUGAAAAUAAUUUAAUACUACACGUUUAUGGAAACUACCACGUCACCCUUCCAGAACCUCAGUGGUCUGGGGUUCUACACCCAGAUCUGAAAUUCGAACCCGAAACUAUACAAUUUCUUGUCGAUUACGAGAAAUCCAGGUUUUAAGUUCCGAAAAAACUAUUUAUUAAUGAAGAUUACAAAAAAAAAAGAUUUACAAGAAAGUUUCAACAUGGUGCAAGUAAAUAUGGUCAUAAAUGAAUCUUCAUAGGACAGCUCAGGUGAUGCAAUUAGACGUAGAUCUUCAUAAGGCAUGUAAUAUUGUCGAUUGGCUGUGUAAUCUUUCUUAUAAAUAUAAUAUCAUAAUAAAUCGACGUUUAAAAAAAAAACCUCAGUCCUUGCGUAAACCAAUUAAAUAUUAACUCAUGGCAUACGCUGACAUGAACGCUCUAUAGUGCAUUCUAUAGCUAUAUACCCCAUUCAAAAUUUGCUAUGAAUAUAGCCUUUAGUUGUUCCCAUAAACCCCAAGUUAAAAACAUAACCUCUCUCUCUGCUCUCCCGACAUGGCCUAUACUUACCGUUUAGCCGCUCUUCUCGUGCUCCUCACCGCCACCGUUGUUUUCUCCUCCGCCAUGAUGGACGAGCAGCCUUUCCGUCCGUCUUCCAUCAGUCUCAAUUACAGCCUUUCAGUAACAAAAAAUAAUAUCAGUCUUAAUUACAGCCUUUCGGUAAAAAAAGAUAAUAUCAGUCUCAAUAUCGUUUGGUACGGAAAAUUCACACCAAUCCAACGGGCCGUCAUUGUCGACUUCAUCCGCUCUCUCAACUCCCCCAGUGACGCAAAAGGUCCCUCCGUCGCGUCCUGGUGGAAGACGACCGAGAAGUACAAAGGCGGCGCGUCAAAAAUCGUCCUCGGUAAACAGCUCCUCCUCGAGGACUACCCUUUCGGAAAAUCAUUAAAAAGUCCUCACCUCAAAGCUCUGUCAGGCAAACUUAACGGAGGCGGUGUUGGGUCGAUAACCGCCGUUUUGACGGCCAAAGACGUGACCGUUGAGGGGUUUUGUAUGAACCGGUGCGGGACUCACGGGUCAAAGUCAAGUUCCCUUGACGGUGGAGCUUACGUAUGGGUCGGAAACUCUGAAAAGCAGUGUCCUGGCUACUGCGCAUGGCCAUUUCAUCAGCCUUUAUCCGGACCUCAGUCUCCCCCGUUGAUCGCACCCAACGGUGAUGUUGGAGUUGACGGAAUGAUUAUUAACCUCGCGACGCUACUGGUUAACGCCGUUAAUGGGGAACAAGAACCCGCCUCGUUUUGUGUCGACAGGUUUGGGUCCGGUGCUUACCCAGGUUACCCGGGUCGUGUUCUAGUGGACAAAACUACCGGAGCGAGUUACAACGCUUUGGGUCUCGCCGGUAGGAAAUAUCUUUUACCGGCGAUGUGGGACCCUCAGGCUGCAGAGUGUAGGACUUUGGUUUAAGUCAUAAAAUGUGAUGUGUUGUUUUGUAUGAAAUGUGAAGAAUAAUAAAACGAUGUGUGAAGAAGAAUAAAACCGAUUUGUAGUCUUCCCUACAAACUUAUAAACCUAUGUUAAUAAACUUUGUUUU